CAAUUAUAAAUAAAUUGUUUAAUGAAGGAAAAAAACAAUUUUGUGAGCCUAUUUAAACCAUGCCUUUGUUCCAUGAAAUGGAUACAGCUAAAGGGCUUCCAUUAAGAAGAGAUCAAUGGAGACUGCGCUCUACUCUCAAGGUGUCGAGGAGGAGAUUGUGGAAGCUUGGCACAUCAAAGACAGUGAGGAGGAAGAAGAUCACAGAUUACCUAAACACUGUGAGCCCAAGGAAUUUGUUUCCUUGCACAAACUUGAAGAUCUUGGAAUUCGGACUUGGAGAGUGGGCAGUGAUUAUGAAAAUGAAGAACAGGUGAAACAAAUUCGUGAAUCCCGAGGCUACUCUCACAGUUGCACUUUAGAUUUGCAUCCAGAGAGGCUGCCAAACUUUGAGCAAAUACUGAAGAGGAUCUUUGUGGAGCACCUGCACCUCGACGAUGAGAUCUCUUAUUGCAUCCAAGGCAGUGGUUAUCAUGAUGUGAGGGAUGAAAAUGAUCGAUGGAUCAGAAUAGCAGUGAAGGAAGGGGUCAUGAUCUUGCUGCCUGCUGGGAUUUAUCAUCGUUUAGCUCUCGACCUCAAUAACUACCUCAAGAUUCUAAUCUUCAACGCCGGUCCAGCAGUCGACAUCACCACCUAUGAACGUCCCGGUGAUGACCUUCUGGCGAGGAAGCUGUACUUGGAGACGCUCCACAAGAAGGGUUGUUGAUGGAGAUUCGUAUCAUUCAGUAUCUGUAAUAACCUUCAAUUUGAUCUCGACUCUGUUUCACUGUGCUUUAUGUUGAACUUAAAUGUUUGUUUUCUUAAAGACAAACACUUGCAAAGAUGUCUAUCGAUUGAUCC